AUGGACAUCACGCGCCAGCCGGAAGCCUCGCUUGGCGACGCGCUGGAUGCCAUGAUAGUGAACACGGUCGACUACCAAAAAGGGAAAUGGCUCGGUGUCAUUAUGCCAGCUUUGCGCAUUUUCCACUCGCUCUUUGGUCACUCAGAUGUGCCGGAGGAGUUUGUGGUGCCACGUUCGAACGCACGAUGGCCGCGAGUCACGUGGGGGCUCUGUUUGGGCCAGUUUAUCCGUAAGAGCAACGACGUCAAGCGAUAUUAUGGUGUAGAGGUAGCUGCGUCGGAACGUGAAUUGCAGAAGUUGGGGUUCACGUGGACGGUGACGAACGCCAUCGAUCGAUCAUGGAAGCACCAGGUUUUGCCCGCACUGCGUGUUUUCUACCAAGAACACGGUCACUGCAACGUCAAGGAUGAUUUCGUGGUCCCGGUGGGAAAGCCGUGGCCCUACGAUGCUUACGGGCUACAUCUUGGAGAUGUAGUCAAGCAGAUUCGAGCGGAACAGAAGUAUGCAGCUCAAGCCAGGGCGGACAGUGACGCACUAGAGAAGUUGGGGUUCUUGUGGGGUCCGAGAGACAUGGAGUGGCAGGAGUGCAUUUUGCCAGCGCUGGUCACAUUCGCUGAUGAGUUUGGAGACGCCGAGUCCAUGACGUCAGGUUUUGUCGUUCCGUCGAAGGUGCCUUGGCCGAAGCAGACCUGGGGACUAGAGCUUGGGAUGUUUAUGAAUGACUCUCAGUGGCGAGAACAGUACUUUGUGCAGAUUACUCGUGAUGCGCACGUACUGAAGGAUUUGGGCUUCGAGGUUCGUCUUUCGGACUUGACCUGGAAGCGACAGAUUGAUCCAUUGCUGAAGAUUUACUCGGUGGUAUACCCAGGCAAGCUGACGCUUCCUGAAGAUUUCGUCAUUCCACAUAAGCACCCGUGGCCUAAGGUCAUGUGGGGCUUGGAACUGGGUAAAAUUGGCACGCAAAAUGCCCACCGCAUGGCUGAUGUGGCGAAAGAAUGGGAACAGCAUGGGAGUUUGCUGAGUACAGUGCCGCUCGUAUCGGGGAACAGAGAUCAACUGUGGAGGACCAAGAUUUAUCCUGCUUUGGCGACAUUUGUGAAAGUGUUCGGACAUUGCCGCGUUGCAGAGCAUUUUAAAGUUCCGUCUGAACAUCCUUGGCCAACUCUGACCUGGGGUUUGCGGCUGGGAGUAGAGAUUGCACUCUAUUCGAAUAGUGGCACUUACUUUCAGCAAAUCGGACGUGACGCAGACCUGUUGGAUGCAUGGGGUAUUUCUUUCAAGCUAUUGGGGACUCCCUGGAAACGGUAUGGUGCUCCGCUAUUAAAGACGUUUUCGGCAUUACAUCCGUCUACGGUAGUACCUGACACCUUCGUCAUUCCACCCGAAGCGCCAUGGCGGAAGAAAGUCUGGGGUAUCCACUUAGGAAAGAUUGUACGCUGGAAUGCCCAACACAUGACUGACAUCGAGUAUGGCUGGAGGAUGGAAGUACUGACCGCUGUCGAAGUUCACCGGAAGAUGGGUGGAAAAGUACCGAUUCGGGGCACGGUGGUAGUUCCGUUUCACUUUCCCUGGCCAGCGAGGACAUGGGGAAUGAACCUAGCGGAGAUUCUGCACCGUUUCCGUACUGGCGCGUGCUAUGACGGGCACGUCGCCAUGGCCAGGACUCCACUGAAAACCUUUUUCCGUCACCAACGAGAUGAGGCAUGGGAAAUUGUCUUCACAGCUUUGAAGGUCUUUUCAAACCACUUUGGGCAUUGCAACAUCCCACCCCACUUUAUAUUUCCUGGCGAACCCCCGUGGCCGGAAACUGUCUGGAAUUUACAGCUGGGACAAAUUGUUGAGAAGAUGAAGACGCUGGGCAACUUUUUUUCGUACAUUGGACGAUGUGCGAAUUAUCUGAACCAGAUCGGCUUUGUACUUGCGCUAUCCAAUGCAGUGUGGGAGAAAAAGGUUGUUCCGCUUAUUGCGACUUUUGCCAACCUUCACCCCCGAGAUACAAUUCCAUGGGGAUCUAAGUGGGGUUUCACUAUACCACCAAAGGAACCGUGGCCUACGAACGUAUGGGGGGUAAAUCUUGGAAUGAUCGUGCGGUGGAACUUGAUUCAGUUGGAGACGAUCGAGCACGAUUGGAAGGGGCAAGUAAUGCAUGCCAACGGGAUUUACCAUUUCGAGAAUCGAAACAGGAUCUUACGUGAUGACUUUGUAGUCCCUGCACGGUCUCCGUGGCCUUACAAGACCUGGGGCAGAGACCUUCGGCACAUCAUCACUUGCGUACAGGUAGGACAGCCGUACGGCGGGCAUUUGGCUCUUGCUGACCCUCAUGUGAGCGAGUCUUGUGUUACCCCGUGCGGCGAGACCAAAGAGUGGAAGAUGGUUAUUUUCCCCGCACUACAGACGUUUGCUACAGUAUUCGGACACUGCUCGAUUUCGGAUGGUUUUGUUGUUCCAUCAGAGUUUCCGUGGCCCACGAAGACGUUUGGGCUGCAACUGGGAAGUGUCGUCUCGGACAUGGAGAAGCACGGAUUGUACUUUGCUGAGGUUGGGCUCCAUGCUGAUCGACUAGAGGCUUUUGGCUUCCGAUACAACUUAGCAGACGAAGCAUGGAAGGAGCACGUGGCACCAUUGCUGAAGACGUAUGCUACCCGAUUUCCGCAUGAGAUUAUACCUGAGAAUUUUGUCGUGCCACCAGAGCCGUCGUGGCCACAAAAGCUUUGGGGCGUGAAACUGGGCAAAGUUGUGUCGUGGUCCUCCCAGUUCGUUUGGAACCGCAAGCAAACGCGAUGGGAAAAGCGCAAAAUGCCGCAGUACAUCAGUACAGCAAACGGCUAUGGGUGCUGUAGGGUACCACCUAGUUUUAAAGUCCCCUGUGAGCUUCCGUGGCCCAAGCACAUGUGGGGUUUGCGAAUGAGAAGCUUUCUUCAACCGAUGGACGAGGGCGCCGGCAACUGUCUGUAUAGCAGCCUGCACCGUGCUUUGAUGGACGAGGAAGAAUUCGGGUUCUUCUUCAAACUAUCGAUAGAGAAGAUAGUGGGCGGGGAGGCUGAACGCAAAGAGCUAAAAGCGGAUACGAAGCGAUCAAUUUUGGAUGGACAAAAAUGCUGGUUAGGCAAACGUUCACUGGCUGAUGUCACCUGUUGCAAAUAG